CAUCCGUAGAUGUAAACACGGCUUAAUUUCAUACUGAAUGCGUCUAAUGUGUCUAUGCCUUAUUUUUAUGGUUAAUGUUGGCAACACUAACAAUUAUAUCUCUCUUCCUCAUCACGCUCUCACCAACUCGUACUGGUUUUUGUAAAUAUUGUGUUUUUAUAAAUAAAAGUCAAGAUUAAAGUACAAAAUCUUGUUAUUUGUAUGUUCCACGAACAUAAAUGGUGCCGAAACUCUAUAAACAAGCUUCGACAAUAAACUUCGAGCAACGAAACCACACCUUCGCCGGCCGGCAAGAAAAGUAAGCUGAUUUCACUGCAUAUUGCUGAACAUACACUUGCACAAGAAUAAAUAAAUCGAAGGCCAAUCAAUACACUAUUGUGCCAUAUUGAUUUGCAAGUCGCAGUAGCCAAAAGUGAACAAUUUUAUUCAACUUUGCAAGAAAAUAACCGGCCGCCAUUUUGGUUCCCUUUACUUUGCAUCGAGAAAAAUAUCACCACGCCCUGCCAUUUUUCGCCAUGACCAUGGAUAGCGAUUCGGCUGAAAAGGAAGUGGACAAGAACGCAAGGAAAGGUAUCAUAAGAAAAAUCGCACAGUGUAAAGCGUCGUUGACAAAGGCAGAAAAUUUUAUCCGCACAUUGGAAUCGCCAAUCAACAAGGACGUGGUAUCUGCGCGGCUACAACAACUGCAGGAGGUGCUGCCAAGGCAUGAGCAGCUACUGAUCGAAUUAAGUACUUUGGACGACACCCUUGAUGAAGACUAUUUCGGAAACGACGCGUUCGAGGACCGGUAUUUGGCGAUCGUGGCGAGCCUUCGAGGCCUACUGGCGCCGCAGCCGCCGUCGCCGGCUCCAGCAUCGGGCGCGCAGCAGUCUACAGACGCGUGCGCUACCAGCGUGAGGCUGCCAGAAAUAGACAUUCCUGCGUUUGACGGCAAGGACUACACAAAAUACCACUCGUUCAUCGAACUCUUUAGUGCAGUGAUAGAUAAUAAUUCUAAAUUAGCCGCAAUUCAAAAGCUUUUCUAUCUUAGAAAAUACUUAAAAGGUGAGCCAUUGUCAUUAAUCGAAGGAUUACCCGUCACCGGGGACUCGUAUGGAAAAGCUCUUGAAUUGUUGAGAAAUAGAUAUGACAAUAAGUUUCUUAUUAUCACUAACCAUGUACAAGAGCUGCUAGACUUCAAUCCACUAGUAAAGGGAGCGGCUACCAAUUUAAGAGAGUUAGUGUCACAUGCUCGCCAGCACUUAGGUGCACUGAAAACAUUAGGACAACCGACUGACAGCUGGGACAUGAUAGUUUUACCCAUUUUGUUGCGAAAGGUCGACCAGUUUACUUGCAGAGCCUAUCAUUCGGAGCGUGACACCACAAAGCUGCCCCUACUGGAUGACUUCUUCGCUUUUGUGGAGCGGAGAGCUAGCAGCUUCGAGGAGAGCCAAAGAAGUGAAGGUAAGAGCAACAAUAAUAAUAACACUUACAAAACUAAAGUGUCAAACUAUGCAAGCAAAACUGCCACAAAGUCGUGGUCUUGCAAAUAUUGUAGUGAGCAAACACAUAGAUUAUUCAAAUGUGACAAAUUUCUAGCCAUCUCACCAGAGGAAAGGCUCAAUUUCAUUUCACAAAAUAAUUUAUGCAAAAUAUGUUUCAAUUCUCACACAAAUAAAUGUAAAUUUCACUUCAAAUGUGAACAGUGCAAGGACAAAUCGCAUAAUACUCUCUUGCACUGCAAUGAAAAAGUAUCAAUGCACAGUAAUUCUAAUGUUAGCACAAUAUUGCUGCCCACCAUCAAGGCCAAAGUACUCUGCCGGGAUGGCAAAUCACACAAAGUAGUCCGGGGACUAGUUGACAGUGGCAGCCAAGUGUCAUUUAUGACAGCUGACUUAGCAAAAGCAUUGCAAUUACCGCUAAUUGAUAGCAAUUUAAAUAUCACAGCCUUGGGGAAACAAAACAAAACAACCUCAAAAGCUGUCAAUGCUGAAUUUGUGUCACUUCAAAAUAAUUAUAAGUGCCAAGUUAAUUGUUCCAUAGUGGACCAAAUUACAACCAAGCUGCCACAGCAACAAGUAAGCUGGCAAAAUAUACAGCUGCCAGACUCUGUGGUGCUUGCAGAUAGUGACUUUGACACUCCGGGAGACAUUUCAUUUCUGCUGUCAGCGGACAUAUUCUUCCAAAUAUUGCUGCCUCGCAAAAUCAAGCUGCAAAAUAGUAAUUUGUAUCUUAUUGAUACCCAGUUUGGUUCAAUAUUGUCAGGUGAAGUAAACACUAGUGAGUUUUGUGCAUCCAGUCACCAUGUCACCUUGCAUGCUAUAUGUGACAACAAUGUAGAUCACCUCCUACAAAAGUUUUGGGAGACUGAAAUGGUCCCUGAAACGAAAUUGGAGGUUACAGCAAAGCAGGAUGCCUGCGAAGCCGAGUUUAAAAGCUCGGUACAGCUCACCAGCGAGUUUCAGGUGUCCCUCCCGCUCAAAGUCCCCGUAGAUCAGCUAGACCUAGGAAAUACAUUUCCUAUAGCAUCAAAAACAUUAAAUGCCAUCGAAAAAAGGUUAGCCAAAGAUGAUCAAUUAAAUAGAAAUUAUAAUGACUUCAUGAAUCAAUACAUAGAAAUGGGUCAUGCAAAGGUCAUCCCACUGUGCCAGUUAAAUUUAAAAAAUGCAUAUUUCAUGCAACACUUGCCAGUCAUAAGGAACGAUAAAAAGACCAAUAAAGUAAGAGUUGUUUUUAAUGGUAACACAAAAGCUAGUUCGCAGCAUCAAAGUUUAAAUGAUGUUUUGCUAAAUGGCCCUAAGGUUCAAAAAGAUCUCUUUGACAUUCUGAUUUUAUUCAGGUCAUUCAAGUAUGUAAUGUUAACGGAUAUCAGGCAUAUGUACAGAGCUAUAAAAAUUGAUCCAUCAUUUAGGCAUCUACAAAAUAUAUUAUGGAAAGAUGAAAAUAAUCAAAGAAUUAUUCUGCAAUUACAGACAGUCACCUAUGGACUCAAGAGCUCAAGCUACCUGGCCACCAGAUGUCUCCAGGAGUUAGCAGACCGGUUUGGGAGCAAUAUGCCGCUGGCUGCUGAGGUCAUCCGGACAGCCAUGUACGUUGACGAUGCUCUUUUUGGAGCACAGACCAUCGAUGAAGCUCUUGAGGUAAGAGAUCAAUUUAUAGACCUGCUAGGACGUGCCAAUCUGCAGCUGCAUAAAUGGGCUGCAAAUGAUGACCAAUUACUGGCUGGCAUACCAGCUGACAAGCAGCAUUUCGAAGAGCAUGAGCUCGGUAAUGAGGACCUCUCAAUGAAAGCUUUAGGGGUCUCAUUCAAUGUUAGAGAUGAUGUUUUUAAAGUGUCAUGUCCUAUAAAGCGGGUGCAGUCCUGGAAUAAAAGGUCCAUUUUGAGUGUCAUAGGCUCUUUCUUUGACCCCUUAGGGCUCGCUGGGCCAAUAAUAGUUCGAGCAAAGGAAUUUCUACAAAAAGUGUGGAAGGAGAAUCUCGAGUGGGACUCGCCCAUACCAAUGUCAUUGCUUAAGGCCUGGUUAACAUUCUAUGAACAGCUAGAACAAGUGCCUACAAUUUCUGUACAAAGAAACAUAAAUAUAAAUAAUGCGCAGGUAAUACAAUUGCUAGGAUAUUGUGACGCUUCUAGCGUCGCCUACGGCUGCUGCAUAUAUAUAAGGGUUAUUCAAGGCAGCAAAGUAACCACAACACUUUUGUGUUCAAAGUCUAGAAUUGCUCCAGUAAAAAACGCCUUGACUAUACCUAAGCUAGAGUUAAAUGGUGCAGUGUUGCUAGCCAAACUGUAUUGCAAAGUCAAAGCAAUCUAUGCUAAAAUUAACUUCAAUGCUGUACAUUUAUUUUCUGACUCCCAAGUUGUUCUGUGUUGGUUGAAGUCUAGCAGAAAUAAUAUACCGGCUUAUGUCAAAAACAGAAUAAAUUUAAUAAAUUCAAGUACUACAGAAUGUAAAUGGUUUCACAUAGAUGGAGCUUCCAAUCCAGCUGAUUGCUUGUCUCGAGGCUGCAAUCCCCAAGACCUGCCAUCGAACACCUUAUGGUGGCAUGGGCCUCCUCAACUUGACUCACUGGAGUAUGAGCCUUCACCAUCAUUGGCUUCAUGCAACCACUUACUUUGCGAGAGGGGACCUGCCGAGAGCGAGCAAGCAGCUUGUUUGGUUGUGACACAAGAACCACAAUUGUUUGAAAAAUAUUCUUCAUGGUUCACUAUGCAAAGAAUUGUAGCUUGGAUAUUAAGGUUUAAAUUCAAUUGUUUAAAUAAACAUAAUAAAAUUAAAGGAAAUUUGACUGUAAAAGAAUUGUUAAAUGCUCAAUACAGAAUAAUUUCUAUAACGCAAGGCUUGUAUUUUCCUUCGGAAAUAUCAAAAAUAAAAAAUAAUUUGCCAAUAAAAUCUAAUUUAAAAUCCUUGGCUCCAUUCAUAGAUGGAAAUGGCAUAAUGAGGGUUGGUGGCCGGUUGCAAAACGCCCCAGUGCCAUACACGCAAAAGCAUCCGAUUAUUUUGCCCAAUAAGUGUCAUGUCAAGAAUUCAAUUAUUCGAAAUGAACACUGUGUAUUAAUGCAUGCUGGUAUCACCCUCGUAUUAAGUAGUCUGAAACUUAAGUAUUGGAUCAUUAGCGCCGGUCGCGAAGUAAAGAAAAUUAUUAACAAGUGCUUAAAAUGUUACAGGUUUAAGGCUCAAGUAGCCAGCCAGUUUAUGGGAUCCCUGCCCUCCGAUCGCGUCACCGAGAGCCACCCGUUCGACAAGGUUGGAAUCGACUUCUGUGGUCCGUUUCAAGUAAAACAAUCGGGCAUGCGGAGGGCCGUUGUCACCAAAGGCUACACACUGGUAAUUGUUUGCUUCGCCACUAAGGCUGUCCACCUUGAGCUAGUUUCAGACAUGACAACUCAAACAUUCUUAGCAGCCUUAAAAAGAUUCAUUGGCAGACGCGGUAUUCCCGCCAUUAUUAAUUGCGAUAAUGCACAAACGUUUAAAGGAGCCGACAACGUGCUCCACGACUUGUAUAAAUUAGUCAAUUCCAAAAAGCAUCAAUCUCAAGUGAGUGUGGCUGCUGUAGAGAAAGGAAUAACCUUUCGCUACAUCCCCUCCUACUCCCCCAACCACGGAGGCCUCUGGGAGGCCGCCGUUAAGAGUUUUAAGUUCCAUUUCAAAAGAGUGGUGGGGGAGAAUAAAUUCACGUACGAAGAAUUGACCACUAUUUUAUCCGAAAUAGAGGGUAUCCUGAAUUCCAGGCCCCUCACGCCGCUUUCAAGCGACCCUGCAGACCUAACAGCCCUAACCCCAGGACACUUCCUGACUGGUCGUCCACUCAUAUGUAUCCCUGAGCCGGAUCUAACCGAUAUCCCUCUAAAUAGACUAAGAUUCUGGAGGCGCUGUACUCAGGUCAAGCAACAUUUUUGGAAAGCCUGGUACAGCCAAUAUUUAUCGCAGCUAAAUGUUAGAAACAAGUGGAGCAAACAGUUACCAGAUGUGGAAGAAGGCAGUUUAGUUUUACUAAAAGGAGACAACGUUCCCCCGCUGCAGUGGCCCAUGGCGCGGGUGACGCGGGUGUUUCGGGGAAGCGAUGGGAGGGUAAGGGUCGCGGAGCUCAAAACCGCUACUGGUCUAACCCGUAGGUCUAUUAAUAAAAUGUGUAUACUUCCCAUAGAUUAUUAAGUAACAAGCCAUUUUAAAACUGUUAAAUAAUUUUUAACCAUAGGUUUUUAAGCAAAUGUUAACUUGUAGUUAUGACAUGCGAAUUUUAUUAAAUAUUUAUGGCAAUUUUGAGUCUGUAAACUGUGAUAACUAAGUAGUAAUAUGUAUAGGGUGUUACUUAAACUUAAGAAUAAAGAUUUAAUUAAGAUAUAACUUCAAUUGUAUCAUGCAAGUCAUUACUAAUGUAACUUCAUGACUAUUAUUGUAACUGCCUAACUAUUAACGUAACUGCAUAACUAUUAAUGUAACUGCAUAGCUAUUUUUGUAACCUUUUGCCCGGGAGAAUGUCCACAUCCGUAGAUGUAAACACGGCUUAAUUUCAUACUGAAUGCGUCUAAUGUGUCUAUGCCUUAUUUUUAUGGUUAAUGUUGGCAACACUAACAAUUAUAUCUCUCUUCCUCAUCACGCUCUCACCAACUCGUACUGGUUUUUGUAAAUAUUGUGUU